AUUAACUUUCGUGGCAAUUUGUUUUAGCCUGAAAAUAAUUAAUAUUUAUUUCAGGCAAUGCAUGAUCCUGUCAAGAAGUCGGCACCCCUGACCGCUGGCUCAACAAGCACUGCGGAGAAACUGUGCUUUGACAAGAAUGAGUUUAUGAAGGCAAACUUCUCGGUGGAUGAGUUUCUGCACAAGAACCGUAAUGCGCCCAGUCUCGAGCAGCUUCGUGACAACCUGGGUCUUUAUCUUAAAGGCUUGCGAGCGGCUAUGAUCGAUCUAAUCAACGAAGACUAUGCGGACUUUGUAAACUUGAGCGCUAACCUGGUAGGCCUGGACCAAAACAUUGAGACCAUACAGCGGCCGCUGGAGCAGUUCCGCAGUGACAUAGAAAGCAUCCAUGGCCUGAUCGACGAAAAUGUUGUUGAGCUGAAAGCCCAGUUGGAGGAAAAGCGCCAGCUGCGUGAAUUUAAACGCGGCCUGCUGAGUUUAAAGAAAGUUUAUGAGACCAUCAACAAACUUCAGGACCUAAUCGACCGGAAGCUAAGUGGAGAACAACCAAUCAAGGCGGUUGACUUAGAGCGCGCUGCCCUGGACCUAAUUCAAUUAAAAUUUCAUGAGAAACACUGUUUCAAGCACUUGAAUGCCGAUCAGCAGGGAAAGAUUCAGCAGUUGGAGGAGCAGCUGCAUCAGCAUCUGCGACGCUUCUUUAAUGACGCCCUUUGCCAGGCUCGCAAUUCGGCAGCGGAACCCUUGGAACGCUGCCUUCGCAUCUACAUAACCCUUAAUGCCUGUGGUCAGGCGGAGCGCGUCUUCCGCGAAGAUGUCGUAGCACCCUACAUGACCGGCGUCAUCGGAGAGCAGCAGUUACAGAACUCGCCCCAGGGACUUGCUGGCAUCUACAGCAAGAUCCUUAAUUUUAUAUCGCUGCAUAUGACCGACCUGUUGCGCCUAACGCUGUACUCCGACAAGUUUCCGGGAUUUAAUUUCGUGGUGAACAGCUACUGGGCUGAUGUGGAGACUCGUCUGGAACUUCACAUGAACUCAAUUUUCGCUCCUGGCAAUUCUGAGGUAUUCUACGUAAAAUACAAGUGCACCCGCGACUUUUUAGGCAAAAUAGAGGAAUUGUUGACAAGUUCUGGAGAGCAGGCGGUGACCCUUUACCGGCAGCACAAACAAACAAAGAGCUUCGAGGCCCGCUGGAAUCUCCCAGUUUACUUCCAAAUAUGCUUUCAGGAAAUUGCUGGCCAAUUUGAAGCCAAGUUGGAACCUGUGCUUCAGGACGACACUUUAAAAACCAAUCUCCAUGAAAAGGACUACAGAGUAAUGCCAUUUAAUGCCGCCAAGGAAGCUAUGUCACGAUGCUGGGCCGAAGGUGUUUACCUGCCGGAAGUGUUUCCCAAAUUCUACAAACUUAAUGUGCAGAUAGUUUUGCGUCUAUCGCGCUGGAUUACAGAUGCAAUUGCUGUGUCAAAAAGCAGUAACUUUGCAAAGUCCUACACUCGACACCAAUUGCUUAUUGCCCUACACGCAGAUAUCCGAAAACUGGAUGCGUAUCUGCCAGAACUCCAGCAAUUGAUUGUUCAAUCUGUACCAGCGGAACAGCGUACGAAAAUAUUUAACGAUGUCCUGGCCAAAUCCAUGUCCGCCUUAGCCGACACGUUGGCAGCACAUUUGACGAGUAUUCAAAAGACCUUGGUGGAGUUGCUAAUUGGAGAAUGUGAGUCGGAGAACGUGCGGCAGGUGAAUGACUUACCGCGAUUGUAUCGCAAGACUAAUCGAGAGGUUCCUUCUCGUUGCUCGGGAUAUGUGGAGCAAAUGCUUCGGCCGCUCAAGACGUUCGCACAGCAGAACGAAUCCCAACUUGGCACUCUAGUAGUGGAGCAGAUCUUGUCUGAGGUUGCCAGUCACAUAACCAAGGCGUACUUUAAUGUCGUGAAUGAUGUCCUCACCUCUGUCCAAAAAACUGAAGAAUCCUUGCGCCGACUACGGAACGUAAAAAGUGGUGGAACCGCCCCGGUCUCGGCAGGAAGUUCGAGCGUGAUGUCCGACGAUGAUAAGAUUCGCGUCCAGCUUCGAGUGGAUGUCACAUCGUGGAAACAGGAGCUAUGCAAAUUGAAUUUUCAGGCUACGCAGAUCGAUAAGUUGGUCGAGUUGACAAACAUGGUGGAGGACAGUAUCAAGCUAAAGGAUAAUAAUGCUUAGACGCUAACAACGAACAGUUAUUAAACAUAUACACUUUAUUCUUGUUAAACGAAUUCUAUCGAUUCUUUAGGCACAAUUAUUGAAUGUAUUAGGACUACGAAUUGUAUAUAAUAUAUAUAGGCAUAUAUGUAUAUCAUA